AUGUCGGAUGAAUCUAUAAAAGAAUUGAAACUUGUCAAGACAUUUCAAAGUAUUAAUGAUAUAGCUAAAUACUUCUUUGAUUUGCAAGAAGAACACAAUGUUGAGUUUUGUUUGAAUGGAAUUGAUUCUAAUAAUUUGAAAAUUAAUUGUUCCUCUUAUGGAUAUGAUACAAAUAACGAUAUUCCAUACUAUAUUAUUCGUUAUGAUAUGGAGGGUUUCCAGUUGUACGGCUUGAAUGAAAAUAAUUGGGAUAAUGUUAAGGUAUUUACAAAAUUAUUUGAAUUAUACUCUAAUAUGAAUCAAAGUGGGAAAAUGAAAAUAAAUUGGGAAAGAUAUUUAUUGACUCAUGAAAAUUUUAUUAAUUCACCAAUUAGAGAACCAUUAAGACGGUCAUUAAAUAAAUUGAAUAUUCCAUGGAAUCAAAUUGAUAUUAACUUGUUUUGGGAACAAUUCCAUUUUAUUUUGUCUGAUUUGGAAGGUAAACGAGAUUUAGAAGAUUUAAUUAUUUUGAAAAAUUUAAUAGCUUUAACCGUAUUGAGAUGUAAUGUAAUCAAAAAUGAAUUCAUUGUGACUAAUCAACUUAUUCAUUUGAGUAAUAAUUUAAAGAAUCAUUUUGAAAAUGAACAACGUUCAGUUUCCAAUGGGAGUAAUAGUAAUGGUGAGAUGAAUAUCUCUCAAAGAGAAUUAUCUCAUGAUUCUAUUCCAUCAUUGACUGCCACCGAGUCUCCUUUAUCUCUAGUGACUUCAGAUAAUGGUAUGUAUACCUAUCAUAAAAAUGGAAAUGAUAUGUUAGGUGGAACCACUAUACUGAAUUCAAAUGACUCAGAGUCCGCUACAAAUCAAAUUGUUAAUAAUUUUAAUAGUCAUUUCAAAUUGAUGGCAGAAGAUUAUGAAUUGUUUGAGUUAAAGACUAAAUUUCAUAGAAGAAAAUCUACAGGUGCUACUACCAACACAAGUACUAGACGAAGAAGAAAUGAUAAAGUACGUGUUUCCAAAGUUAAAUCAAAAAACUAG